ACUUGGCAAGUAGGCUAUAAAUUCCGCUGUCUGACAAGCUGUAGCCUCAGAAAUCACUUGUUCCGAUUCUUCCAUUGAUCCGACCUGACCUGACACUGAAAGUAGCAGCGCCUUUGAACGUGAUCAUUUGCAUCAUUAACUCGAGUUGAUCGACAGUCUGACAAGUGCAAGUAAACAGUGAAGUUGGAAUAUUGCGUCGUAAUUUAAGUCGUGGGGCAAAUUGCUCGGUCGUCAUUCGUGUUCAGCGCAGCCAGCCACACUAUCCAGUCCUUCCACUGACUUGCAACUUGCUUUUCUUUAAGACGUACCAACUUGGAACAGAAGGUGAAAUAGGAGCCAAGAUGACAUCCACCUGCCGCCAAGUGCUCUUCACCUGCCUCCUACUGGCCGUGAUUGUACACACCGAUGCCGCUAGGAGACGUCGUCCAGUCAUCCCCGGCAAGACACAACCGCAGGCCACCCAGGCUCCGGUUGAACAGACCCAGAACUCUCCCAACCAAGCUAAAGGAAUCAAUAGCAAUGCCCUGGCUGAUAUGGAGCGCCGAAUGGCCAAUGUAGAAGAAAGCACAUUGGUUAUCAAAUCAGAGAUGCGAGAGGCAAAAUCAGAAAACACCCGUCUGAAGGAGGAAAUCCAGCGUAUGGGUGCCACCAUGGAGCAACUAGACGAGGCCAACCAACGCGUCGAGGAACUCGAACGGAUGCUGUCCAAGUUUGAGAACUUCUUCGGCGUGUUGUACACGGAACUGCCCGACGUCUUCGCCGAGGAGAUGUCCCUGCCUCAAAGAUUCAGUCGACUGAACUCGUACCUCGGCAACAAGGAGUCGGAGCUUAUGAUGUUGCGGCCCAACCCGCCCUUCGUCACCGCCGACCCAGCGGAUAACCCGGUCGAUGAGGAGCUCCUGGGCCUGGCCGUGGAUGAGCUGAACAUGGAGAAUACCAAACUCAGGCGACGAUUGGACGACAUGGAGACCAGAAUGGUCGCCGUACCACCGAGCGGUGUUGAAACCAACGACCCUAACAGAGUGGUGCCUGCCCCGCUCGAUGACGAGAUCCAGGAGAGACUGACGCGAUUGGAACGCUUGAUGGCACUGAAGCUUGCCCCACUGAUUGACGAGGAGGACGACACAGACAACGUGGAUCUUGGAGACCUUGGAGGCAACAAGAGGUUGACAAGUGGUGGCGCUACAGUGACUCUAAGCGACUCCGACGCUGAGAUCUUGAGGACGGAGCUAGAUAGCGUACGCUCCAUAGCAAGUACCAGGAAGAGCGUGUUUUCAGCCGCUGCCACCCGCCAUAUGCAUGGCGAGGCAGGCGUCCAGAAACCGGUCUCGUACGACCACAUCUUCUCCAACAAGGGCGAUCACUUCCAGGAACAAAACAGUACCUUCAUCUGUGGCAUCACCGGAUACUACUUCAUCACCUUCACGACUCGCUCCUAUGACAACCGUUACCUGGGCGUCAGCCUGCUCUUGAAUGGCGAGCGUGUGGUGUCAGUGAGUGCCGAGAGCGACCCGGUAAAGAAUCAGAUGAUGUCGCAGUCACUUAUACUUCACCUUACACCAGGGGACCAGUUAUGGGUGUCGGUAGCGCCCUCUACCGUCUACUCCAUCCACAGCGACCGAUUCGGCAAGUUCUCCACGUUCAGUGGCUUCUUGCUCUUCAAGGGCUCCUAGGACGGCAGAGGGCGCCAGGCUCAUUAGUAACCUGUACUACUGAUUACACAGUGAAUAAAGAAAGUUGCGAUAACGGAGACUUGAGGAUUUGGACACCAAAUGGCUUAGGUAACUCACUCUUGGCGACAUUUUGUGCCCACUGUUUGGUGUGGCAAGUCUGCACAGCCCACAGUGCCCAAUGUAGGCUGGAGAUAUUUCGACAUGCCCAUAUUUGGGCUAAACAUUGUAAUGCCAUCUUAUUGUAACCGAACAUUUUGUCGAGAUGGCGUGAUGGUGUGACUUUUGGACCAAACAUGGCUGACCUGCUGUAAUUUUCUUUUGGUUUGGACUCUAUGGUGUGCCUUAAAAACAAAAUUGAUGCUUUUAUACAAUUUCUGGAUAACAGCUUCACCAAAUACAUGUAAACGCACGAUACUCUCCGUUUUGGCUCUUAAACAAUUGGCUCAAGCAACAGUACGAUUGCUUUUCAUGGAAACCUUUUAUAAUGUUACAUUGUUGGGUCUAUAUUCACUAAAUUAAUAAAGUAUAUUAAUUAUAUUCGUAAUUGACUAUUUUUUUAGAUCAAUUAAAAUCAGCCUUUUGUUUUGCAAAAUAUUUUCAAUUUUUAUUGGAAAAUGCGCUAUUUAUUUGUUUGUUUGUUUGUCUGUUUGCUUUUUUUUGAUACUCUGAGACUAAGAAAGAGGUUUGUCGUGCAUGAUUCUGUAAAUCUUCGUGUCGAUAUUGUAAGUUGUCUUUAAUCGAUUCCUGCUGAUAUCUACACCGCUAGUUUCGUAUCUCUGUUGUAUUUAUUGAUUUUUUUUUUUUUUACAUAUACAUGUAAAGUACUGAAUCGAUUUGCCACAUCUGUAUGCCGGUACUGAUUGAUAAGUUCUUAUUAACAUUAAAAGCUCUUAUGUCACUACA